CGCGGCCGAAGUUAGAGUGCAAACUAUCUUUCAGUUUUAUUUUUUAUUAUUAUUUGUUACACAUUUGACAGUAUAUCAUAAUAUAGCAUAUAGUGUCGGGAGUUAAUACACUCAAUAAAUCUACAACCAUCAUUAAUGUGAAGCUAAAAUAAUUUUAAAAAGAACUUUGUUUGCUUGUGAAAAUCGUCUGCUUGAGAGCGAAGUGAUUCAUGCUGGAAAAUCUAUAGAAAUUCUAAUGAAAAGUGAAUUUCCAGCUGCUCGGUCGAAAAAACAUUAUAACUCUGAAAAUUUCGAUGCCGCGUGUGUUACAUAAGAAUGUUAUGUAGUAGAAAAAAAUAAAUUAAAAAAAAAUUCGUCGAUUUUAUAAUAAUUGUGCUCUUUUAUGAAAUGAGUAAAUAUUGAAAUCGUUAAGUGCACGUAACAAGACUUACGACGUAAUGUUUAAGCGAUUUGUUCGAUUUGUACGUAGAAAACACUGAUUCACAAUAUCGUACGAGAGCUAAAAAAAGAAGAAAAUUAAAAGGAAAACUCAUCAAAACGAUAAACAACAAGUUAAUCCGACACGAUAGUCAGAAUAAAAAUAUUUGACAGAAAAAUUGAAAGAGUGAAAAUUGAAUAUGUAACCACCUCAUGUUUAUGUAAUAACAGAUCACAUAAGAAUUUUUUUUUCAGUGUCGAUAUUUUGCGUAAAUUUUCUUGAGAAACACAUUUCAUGUCGACAAAACAGAAUUGAUAAAGUGUUGUUAUAGUCGCAAGAAUUUAUUGAAAAUAUUUUUUUUGGCUCAUUUUUGAUAAGACAUCAGAGUUUUUUAAUUUGUAUGGAUUUAUUACUGCAGUACAUAAACAAUAGCCUCGGUGAAAACAUUUAAGUGCUUUUAUGCAAUCAUUGUGGUUAUAAAACAGUUUUUUUUUCUUCUCUCUGUGGCGUAUUUGUGCUUAAUGUGGCAUUGACACAGUAAAUUAAAGAGAUUCAUCGAGAAGAAAAUUUGUGAAAAGUGAAUUUAAAUUUCGUUUCAUUUUUUGUUUUAUAUAAAAACGUUGAUAUCGUGCAAGUUUACGUAAUCGAAAUUUGCGUUCGUAAAUUCAAAACAAAAUAAAAUUGCAUCAAAAAUGGCAAAAAUCUCCGAUUUAGCCAAAGAAGCGUUUGCCAAAGGUGAUUAUUCGUUAGCUGUCGACCUGUACAAACAAUGCAUUCAGGACGAUGCCUACAAUUCCCUGGAUAUGUUUAUGGGAUACGGUGAUGCGUUGGCUUGUACGGGUCGCAUCGAAUUAAGUUUCGAUGCAUAUGCACACAUUCAUCAACAAUUCGGAUAUUCAGUGCCAUUGGAUCGAUUACAUCAUUUAAGUUUGGCCAUGCUAAACAGUGUAACUGCAUCCGUUUUAUCUCAACAAAAUCGAUCUCAUCAAAAUAGUGCUUCAAAUGUUCAACAAUCAAUUAGUGUUACCAACGGAUCGGUGAUAUGUGAUCCACUGUGCUGUGCAUUAUGUGACGAUAUUCUUAAAUGUCCAGUGACCGCUGUCUGUGGUCAUACAUUUUGUGGUGAAUGUUGUUACGGCCAAACCGAAUGUAAAAUCUGUGGUAAAGUGUUUUCAACGUUUGGUGAUAGUUUUAAACAGGAUGUGUUGGUGUUGAGGCUGGUGGAAAAGUGGUGGUCACCAGAAUCGAAUGAUCGGGCAAUCAAUUACAUGCAACGCAAUACUCUGGAUGAAGCAUUGAAGUCGUGCAACGAGAGCUUGGAAAAAUGUCCCAACAACUACCAAGGACUUAUACUACGUUCUGAAGUCUUAUAUCGCCUCAGUCAUUUCAAAAGUUCAUUAGCGGAUGCAGACAAUGCACUUAAAAGUCGUCCAACUUCCUACAAGGCACAUUUGCGUAGAUCAUACGCUCUAUCGAGCUUGGGCCAAACGGAAGAUGCUCUAAUAGCAUUCUGUGUCUCAACAUGGCUGAAUAAAAUAUCGACUAUUUCACAACCUAUAUUACCAGAGGUUUCAAAGUUACUUCAUCAAUUGCUAUCCUCAACUCGCAAAUCUUCUCCGUUUCCAUUGGCCACUCCAUACAUGCGACGUCGUCGGAAACGGCGGCACUAUAACCGCAAAAUCGUUGCCGAGUCCAGUGAUUGUGAUGAAGAAAAUUCCAGUUGCAUAGAAGACGAAACUAACUUUACAAAAUGUCGUCAACGCCGUUCCACAGAGCGUCGACUGAAAAGCGCAAACAGCUAUAGCGUUACAGACAGUGUCAUCAUUCCAAGACCAAAUACUAGGAUAAGGGGAUUAAUAGAUAGGAUACAUCAAGAAAUAUAUAGAAUUCAAAAAACAGAUUCCACCUCAAAUGUACUCAAAGUGAAUCCGUCACUGGUAGAAGUUACUGAUUUUGAUUGCGUCUUGUGUUAUCGAACUUUGUGGAAACCGGUUGUUACUCCAUGUGGCCAUACAUAUUGCUUGGUUUGUCUAGACCGAUGCUUGUACUAUUCGUCGCAUUGUCCACUAUGUAAAUCAUCGUUCGAAGAUGAUUACAGUAUGAACAUCGUUCGGAAUGCACUAUCUCGCAAAUAUGUCACAAAAUUCAUAGAAAUUGCAAUGCAACGUUUCAUUCCAGUAGCAUACGAAAAGCGAAAACUUCAAGAAAUUGAAAAGGAAGAAUUUGUGCCAGUGUUCAUCUGUACUGUGUCAUUUCCAUAUGUUCCAUGCCCGCUAUUCGUCUACGAAUCACGGUAUCGACUAAUGAUACGGCGGGCUAUCGAGAGCGGUGAUCGUCAGUUCGGUAUUGCUCAUGCUCAGCCGCAUGUGUGUCAGCGUUAUUCAGACUACGGUACCAUGUUGGACAUACGUGACUGUGUGCAAUUGAGCGACGGUCGUGCCAUAUUAAGUACGGUCGGAUGUCGUCGGUUCAAAGUAUUGGAUCGAGAUGAGAAGGACGGCUACGACACGGCCAAAGUUGAAUACAUUUGCGACGAGAAAAUCAGUCGCGAUCGAUUGCAAGCUGUCACAAAAUUACACUCCAGCGUUUUUUACAAAGCCGUCAAAUGGUACGACAGCCUACCAGAACAUACCAAAGAAGAGAUUUUAAAAAGUUUUGGAUGCAUGCCGACAUUGGAGGCACAUUGGGAAACUAUUACCGAUGGUCCUGCUUGGGCGUGGUACAUAAUUGCCAUUUUACCGUUAAACCAGUCGCUGAAGGUCGACAUAUUAGCCACUACAAAAUUAGAGAAACGGCUACUGGCGAUUGAUAAGACUUUGGAACAUGUAGCUGCGCAAAAGAGACGUUCCCUGAGUGUCGAUGUGAUGUGUGAAGGUGUACAAACAUGCCAAGCAAUUGACUGUUGCCAGAGAGCAUCAUCGUCAACGCAUUUAGAAGACGAUUUGCAGCAGAUCACGUAAAAGUCAAUCAAACUUUUUUGUAUAUUUCCCCCCUUCCCUAUUCUCCUCCCGUAAAUCAUAUUACAAAACCGAAACAAAACUUAUAAUCUUGUAAAGCUUUAAAACAAAAAACAAAAAAAAAUUAUUUUUAAAUCCUAGCCUAGUCAAUGAAUGGGUCUUAUCUACAUUCAUUCAUUCAUUCAUUCAUAAACUUUCAAUUUUUCAUCAAUAUUCACAUAGAAAUGACACUAUUUGUUUGGCAACAUUACGUUCCUGUGAUUUUCUACGAUUUUAACAUAGCAAAAGUCAAUUGUGUUUUACAGUGAUACGCGUAGGAUCUACUCUGAGAUUGCCAAUAACAUCUAUUCCAUCAAUGUACCGUAAACGUUUCCAACUCUUAAACUCUUAGUCGUACAAUCCGUAACUAUUUUUCCAUUCGAAAAUGUCGGUCAUGGUCAGCUGAAUGUUUGACAUUUUCGGCUUAAGCCGGUUGAAAACAUAAUUUGUGUGAAAUUUCGAUUUUGUUAAUUGAAAAAGUAGUCAAAACGUUGUCGAUAGUUCUCAUACCCGCCACAACCUAUUCAAAUUUAGUUUUUUCUGAAAGGAGGAUUAACUGAACUAAUCUUCGUUAACGAAAAAAAAAACAAUUUAUCGCCUGCACCAUACAAAUGCUGUGUUUAGUGCUUCAGAUGUCAUUACAUGAUACUUCUUUGACUGUGACUAUGCUGAUGCUCAAGCCAUAAGUCCGCUCAAAAUUCAAAAUUUGAAGUGUCAAACACAAAUCAAACGUCGUAUAUGAGUGAUUCACGUAAUUCUCAUAAUUUUUAAUUUUUUAAUUGAUUUGUUCAUCCACUAAUUCACCCAAAAUUUAAAUUCGGAAGCGCAUUUACGGCGUGCUACUCACGGAACACCAAGUCCCAAAGAUCAAAAUAUUUUCUUGCGACCUUUGGAAAGCCCAACUUCAACCGCAACCAUGUUUUUCUGUAAAUUUGUACAUAAAUUCUUCCACUUCAAUCGAUAUGCCAAUUUGCUGGACUGUUGUAACUUUUCUUUUCUUUUCAAUUUCGUUUUUUUAAUCUUAAUUUUUGUAAAACCUAAAUGAGAAGUGAAAUGAUAAACCUACAAUAAAAUUAAAAUCUAAAUAAAUGAAACGUAUAGACAAUCUACCAGUUAAAAGAAUUAACUUAUCAAUUAUAAUAACUAAAUGUUGUAAAUUUGUUAAAUAUUUCCCAUAAUUGUUAAUUCUUCUUCUUCUUUUCUAUUAAUGCUGUACGAUACGAGCUACGUUUUAUACCGGCUAUAUUGCAAUAAAUUAAUCAAAAAUCUAUUAGCAUACGAGCUACAUUUUAAUCCUAAACAUUUCUAGUCCUAAACAUUUUCUAUUGACAAAUGGAAUAUCUAUCAAUUACAAUAACUUUUGAAACAUUCUAUCGGCAAAUUUCCAAUGACAAAUAUUUAAGUUGUACGAUUGCCAGAUAUUUGACAUCAUCGAUUUCAUGUCUAAGUCAAACACCUUUCCACGCACAUUUACUUUUUCUCAAAUAUUUUCAGCAUAAGUUUCUCUCUGUUUUCGAAAACGACGAGCAAAAUUUAUGUUAUAGCAAACGAAAUAAAAGAUUUUGUAUUGAAGAAGAGAUUUCACUUUAAUCAUAAGAAGUAGCAGAUUUUACUCAGCAAGCCCUGGGAAAUGAGUCAUUACUUCAUUGACAUGAUCGUUAAAAGUUAGUCGAAGCUUAGUGAGUAAAAUAACUUACUUGUUUGGUAUUUUGCCUUGAGUGGUUGCAUACCUCGGCUUCGGCUCGACCUGCAAACGCUACACUUGGUAAAAUCAAAAUAAAAAUCAAACAAGGACGUAAUCUACUAAUAUCGCAAUACGCUCGCCGUUUCUGAAAUGUUAGCAUGACAUUAGUAAGGGUUGCAAGGGUGUAAUAUAAAAGAAUUCACGGAAGUACGGUUUUUUGCAUUUAUUGAGGUUCUCAAAAUUCUAAAAAAUCAAUCGAACGAAAAGAUCAACAAUUCAGUUUGUUAAAUGGUACAGUGAACGUAAUGGGUGCAAUAUACUUCCUUGUAGCUCGGUCGUGUGAUCACAUUUCAUUUUCAUCAAAAAAAACUGUAAAAUUCUCAUUUGAUUCGAGUCUGUGAGGUCUUCGUUCACUUAAGAACACAAUUAGUUUAAUUGGUGAGUGUACUGGGGUCUUCUAUAUCUAUAUCUAUGUACCAGUGAUAAUAAUGAAAAAGAAAAUGUUUGAAGAAAGCUUUCUGGUUGCUUUGCGUUUUUCUUUUCUUUUUUUUAAAUAAUUUCCAGAUCUGACCCAAUCGACAAAAAUAAAUUGUAAACAGAAAAAAAAAACUAUUUGUGAAAAUCAUUACAACUUUUAUUCUAACGUAAAUCAUUCGAAAUCUAUAUAUUGGACAGAUGAAAUGAGAAAUCGAGGUAUUUUUGUAAAAUUAAGAUAUUUAAUUUUAGACCAUUAGUAAAAUUCUUUAAUAAAUAUAUAUUUAUGUGAUAUGUAUGAACUCUUUCUUGAAACAAUUACCAUUUAAAAAUUCUUAAUGGAAUGCAUAAAACAGUGAACAUUAAAAAUGGAAACGAAAACCUUAUUAAAAUGAUUUCAAAAUUGAAUUUAAGGGUCGAAGCACAUCUAUACAAAAAA